GGGUUUCGUAUGUCGUCGCCUGGAGCUAGUCGGAUACACUCUUAAAACAAGGGCCAGUUGCCUUGGACCUCGGCAUAGUUGAAUCACUGUGUUACGUGGUGCGGCUGACUGCUCAUGGGUCUUGUUGUGUUUACCUGCGCACCGGUGUCCAGAGUCUCCAGACGGAUUUCUUAAAACUCUUGAAGAAGUGGUGGCAACAACUUCAGCGUUGCUUGGGGCUAAGUGUCAGGGUGAACAAUCGACAGGAUGGGGUGUGGGGCGUCGACUUCCGGCCAACUUCAGAGCCAGACUGUCCUGGGGCCGGGUCAGUAUCCAGUACCGUGCACCUCACCGUAUUACCAGCCGGUACUCGUACCCGGCCCCAGUAAUGGACAACCAACAACAACACCGACAACAGUCGCUGAUACCGAUCGGUGGACGAAGGUGAACAGGAAGAAGAAAGUCAUUGAAGGGCCGGCCUGGAUGCCGAGUGUUCCUGAUGACGUCAGACUGAAGUGGCAGACCACCUGCAGGAUGUGCAGUGUUCACAAUGAUGAGGAGGUGUGGCCGUUCUCCCAGGAGACAGGUGAGAGGAUGCUGACGUACACGGUACUGGGGGCCGGCGGGCGGACUGGUCACGUGGUCCACAAACCUUCACUGUUCUGGGAGAAGGAAACCUUCAGAGAACUGGACGGCUACGCCAAAAAGGCUCCGCGAUCACUAAAUGGAGACUUCCAGCUCCUGGUCAGCCAUCUCAUGCAGCCCACACACACGGAGCUGGAGAAGGUGCGAGUCCUCUUCAGUUGGAUCGCAGCACAGGACGUCCAUCGCAUGCAGUUCCCACAGCCGCCACCGGAGGGCUCUCCCGACUGGUUCCUACAGAAGAUCAAGCAGAGGCGAACAGAUGCCUAUCGCUACCUCUUCAACUAUCUUUGCAGGUAG